AUGGCAGGUGAUGAUGGAAGUGGGGGUCAUACUCCCAAGGACUUCAACGAGUGUGUUAGCCAAGAACAGCUGGAGGAUGCCAAGAGAGAGAUGCACGAGGUCGUCACCAAGGCAGUCACCGAGGCAAUCAUAGGCCUCAAGCUUGGUGAAAUCAUAUCCACGGUUACUGACAGGAUCGAUGCGUUGGAGACUCGUCAACAGCACAAUCAAGAUGAGGACAUGGUGUAUGAUGACCAAGGUAAUAUAGAUGAAGCGGCCACACGGGAAGCACGGCUACGCCAUCGUCUUCGCCGCAACACACAAGGUAUGGGUGGUACUCACAACCACAACCACAAUCACCAGCAAGGUAAUCAGAAUCGUGUACCCGAUGAUCCUUAUGCUAAGGUUAAGUUUACAAUACCUUCCUUUUCGGGAUAUUAUGAUGCUGACGGGUACCUUGAUUGGGAGAUGACAGUAGAGCAGAAAUUUAGUGCACACCUUGUACCUGAGCAACAUAGAGUUAGACAAGCCACUAGUGAGUUUAAAGAUUUUGCUAUCGUUUGGUGGACCAGUCUAAUUGCUGAGGAUGCUGCACCUACUACUUGGCAUGAUCUUAAGUCUGCUAUGCGUGAUAGAUUUGUUCCCCCAUCGUACCAUAGAGAUUUGCGUAAGAAAUUGAUGCGCUUAGAACAGGGAGAUAAAACCGUGCAGGAUUAUUAUGGUGAACUUCAAAAGGGUUUGAUGCGUUGUGCCAUAGUUGAGGGAACUGAGGAUGCUAUAUGUAGAUUUUACUCGGGCUUGAGGCGUGACAUUCAGGACAUUGUUGAUUACAAAGAAUUUCACACUGUCAACCAGUUGUUUCAGUUUGCCAUGCUUGCAGAGAAGGAAUUGCAGGGACGUGAUUUGCAGAGCAGGAGCAAGGCCACCUACACCCCACGCUCGGCGCCAUCUUCGGGGCUGACCAAGCCUGCCCCUUUUCGAUCGCCCCCACCUGCGAGCAACAAGCGACCAGCAGCUUCGGAAGCUGCCACAACGCCAAAACCAUCUCCUGCGCGUACUUCCGACUCAGGUAAAAAGUUGUUGCAGGAGCCAGCCAAGAGUUCGUCCUCCGUGUCCUCGACGGGAGGCACGACCGUUCAGUGCCACCGCUGCCAUGGAUUUGGACAUGUGCGGAAGGAUUGCCCAAGUCAGCGGGCAUACAUUGCUACCGAAGACGGCUACAUUAGUGCCUCCGACAUUGACGAUGAUGAUGAAGAAGAACCAGAAGAGGCUGCGGAGGCCGGGCAUGUUCUGGGUAGCGAGAACACAGCAGCCUUCAGGAGCAUCAUUGUGAAGCGAGUGCUCAACGUACAGGCACAACAACCAGAGAAGUUUCAGCGCCAUAAUUUGUUCCAGAUUUUCUUCGUCAUCAACAAUCGGCGAGCGCGUGUCAUCAUUGAUGGAGGUAGUUGCAAUAAUUUGGUGAGUUCAGAUUUGGUCAAGAAGCUUGGCUUGGCCACACGUCCACACCCCCAUCCAUAUUAUAUUCAGUGGUUUAAUGAUGCGGGGAAAGCUAAGGUAACACAAUCUUGCAGAGUUUCUUUUUCCAUUGGUUCAUAUGCUGAUUCCGUAGAUUGUGAUGUUGUACCUAUGGAUUCGCUGUGCCUCAGUUUCCUAGAACCUUAG